AUGGAAAUUUAUACACAUUACAAUGUUGAUAGAGAAUCAUUGGAAACGUUUUUGUAUAUUUUAAAAGUUUUAUUGGCAUUUAUUUGUUGUACACCAUUAUCAUUAGCAAGUCCAACCAUUUCAUCAGUAUUAUUAAAUCAAUUACCAAAAUUUCUUAACCCAUCUCAUCAAUAUGUACUACCAUUUGUUUUAUCAUUAAGUUUUAUAUUAAAUUCAAUAAUUUAUUAUUAUAAAAGAAGAAAUAAUAUACCUCAAAAUCAAUUAUUAGAUAUUAUUAGAUGA